AUUGCUAGCAUUUCGGUUGGUAUUGGAGACGUAGCUAGGCUGACAUUUGAUGCAACCAAACAUUGUCUACUAGUAUUAAGUUCAAAAAUCCUGACCGAAAGUAUGGAAAAACGCUCAUUACGAUUAUAUAAUUUUCUAAGUGACAAACUUGGAACCGAAGAUAUAGUGAAAACAAGACGAAGUUAUUAUAUAACACACAAUUAUUUGACCAAAAGUAAAACACACACACCGUUUUUCUGUGGAAGUAGAGCAGAAGAUCUUGAUAUGAAGGGCAGUGACACGGACACAGUUAUUUUACUUAAUGAUAUACAUAUUGUUGAAGAUGUCACCAAUACUUACGAUUCUAAUACAUUUGUCAUGAAGACUUGUGAUACCAGACCUGGUUUUACACAGUUAGAGUUGUGCAGUAGUUACGAAUAUACAGAUGUGUGGUGUAAGAAAAUCGGACAUAAAUUCUAUCUUUCAAGCAGUAAAAUGAAGCAGAUAUUAGUUUCUUUGAACGAAAAUAAUGAAAUAUGUACACUUAACACUCUACAUGGACCAUGUGUUUCUACAGCCAACGAAACACAUGACUGCACUGCAGGUGUAAAGUGCCAAUCAUUCAUUAAACAAGCACAGGAAUGGGUAGGAAGAAAACGUUGUUGGCCAACGGAAGCAUUAAAAAGGAUAAUUAUUGAUAGUGGGGUAUGGUUUGUCCCAAUAGGCUACAAGUUGUCGCCAAAUGAAGAUAUAGAAUGGCGAGUCGCGUUUGGUAUCGCUGAAAAACUGCUUGUCUAUUCUUUUAGUCAUACUCAGCUUUUGGUUUAUGCUCUUUUGAAAAUAAUUUUAAAAGACGUGAUUGAACAAAAUCUUAAACUAAAAGAUCUUCUAUGUUCGUAUUUUUUAAAAACAGUUGUUUUCUGGAUUUCAGAAGAAAUUGCUGUUACAGUAUGGACACCGCACAAUUUUGAGAAAUGUUUUUCGGAAUGCCUUAAGCGACUUGGAUACUAUGUUAAACAUGAUAUCUUGCCGCAUUAUUUUAUAAAAGAAAGGAAUGUGCUUGAACAAAGAAUCAAUUUAGCAGAAUGGAUGAAUUUGAAAACAACAAUAGUUGAGUUGCAUAAAUAUUUCCCUGCAUGUCUUGCUUCUUCAAGUUACAUGUCUGAAUUUUCCCGUUCUCUGCAAUAUGAAAUUGUAUCACAAAACAUGUCACCUAGAUUAAGUGAAACGGAUGUGGUUGGACAUUCCAACUGUUCUGCAAAUCUCGCCAAGCUUAAUGAAGUCAGAUUUUUGCUUCUAUGUGGUCAAGCCGUUCUUACAAAUAAACUUAUGCCUUGGCAAGUGUUGGUUAAUAGUUUUGGGCUGCUCAAACGAAAUCACGACCGAUUUAUUUUCAAGUGUUUAUUCAGUACGUUGUGUCGUAAUAUUGGUACUCGUUUUACCUAUGAGAAUGUCACACGCGGGGGUAAUAAACUACAUUAUCAACGUUUAAAAGAGAUGUUACCCUUUGUAUUAAUGGGAGUACGUAGUGAUGGAGUAUCCGGGUGGAAUGUCUUAGCUUCUUACUUUUAUUGCAUUAGAAAAUAUUCAGUUUGUGUAACAAUCACUGACUACGUGUUAUCGAAGUUUCAGGACGAUCAACAAGAGAAACUGUAUUACAGUGAAGAUAAGUUCACCAUCGACAAUUUAGGGAAUGAAAGUCAAGAUACCAAUUUAAACUCAAUAUACAUAGCUAAUACAAUGGAGCCGAACGAUUUUUCUCGUAACUCGUUUUUAAUUCCUGAUGAAAUGAGACCUGAAGUAGAACACAAGGGAUAUAUCCAGAAACCUCCGAUUGUUUAUACAUUAUUUUUACGUUUUAUGUGUUUACUUAAGUUAAAGCAGACACACAAAUGUUCAGAGUCUUUAAAUGAUCUCAAAAUAUACAUUGAAAGCAAUAACUAUAUUGGAAAUCACGUCAUGAAAGCAGAGUGUUACACACUACUUGGUAUUGCUUUCUAUCUGAAAGGUGACCUGACAGAAGCAGGAAAUUGUCACAAAAAAGCUUUGGCAUUAGAUUAUUUAAAGCAAAUUAAAUAUUUAAAAAUGAUCCACAAAAUACAAAAACAAUAUGAAGAAAUGAAAACAAAUCAUUGUACUGUUCAAGAAGAAACAGUUCAAAUUUCGUAGGGAAAACAUUGACAUGACAU